CUUUAUCUCUCCAAUUAUUUUAUCUUUUGCCAAGACAUCAACUCCCCAAAAGAAAAAACAAAACCAGGCCGGUUUCCAGUUUCAGCUUAGCUUUAAGGUGUCAAGCAUAUCUUCUAUUUCUACUCUCUCUCCUUCCUUCACCCACAUGAGAUGUGCCUUCCUUUUCCAACUUGUGUACUCUUCUUCUUCUUGUCCACCUCUCAGGAAGAGAUGCCCCAUCACUUCUUCUUCUUCUUGAUGCCAAGUAUCAUCAUUGUCUAGUUUUCACUGUGUUUUUUUUUGUUGUCUCUCUCUCUCUCUCUUUUUUUUUUAUGGAUCUUGGGGUGGUGGGUUUGGAGGGGGUGGUGGGUUCAGAAAGUUGUUGUGUGUUUGGUUCCUCUCUUGCUUCAGAUCCUGAGACAAAGCACAAAUGGUACGGAUCUGGUGUGCUCAAGCAAGAGAGAUCUGCCAUAGCAAGUGAAGAUGAUGAGUGGAGAACUUCUAAAGUGGCCAAAACUGAUCAUGACAUGUCUUCUGCCUCCAAAGCAAUGCUCUUUCAGCAAAGAAACAACUCUUUGUUGAGAUCUAAUGCUACCCUUUUCUCUGAUGGCCAUCAUCACCAAUCACAAAUGUUGAGCUUCUCUUCUCCAAAGUCAGAGUCUUUGUUGGUAGAUAAGGCUUCCUCAAAUGCCACAUUGCCUUUUUCUUACCACCAAUUGUCUAGCAACACCAGAAAUGCAGGUUACAGUUCAGGAAGCAUAAGCAUGCAUGGGGCUUUGGCUGGUGUGAGAGGGCCAUUCACUCCGUCACAGUGGAUGGAGCUUGAACACCAAGCCUUGAUCUACAAAUACAUCACUUCAAACGUGCCUGUGCCAACCCAUCUCAUACCCAUUAGAAAAGCACUUGAUUCUUUGGGCUUCUGCAACUUUUCAACUGGACUCCUAAGGCCCAACGCAUUGGGAUGGGGAGGUUUCCAUCUGGGAUUCUCGAACAACACAGACCCUGAGCCAGGCAGGUGUAGGAGAACAGAUGGAAAAAAAUGGCGAUGCUCGAGAGAUGCCGUAGUGGAUCAAAAGUAUUGCGAGCGGCACAUGAAUAGAGGACGCCAUCGUUCAAGAAAGCCUGUGGAAGGCCAAUUAGGCCAUGCCCUCACCACCACCACCACCACCAAUACACCUAAUGCUUCCUCCAACUCUACCGUGGUGCCCCGCAACACCACCACCACCACCACCUUUGCACACAACAAUGUGCACCACCCUCUUCCACCUCAUUCGUCUCAGGCCAACACCAUCAAUAGGAUGUUUACAAGCAACAAAGAGAAUAACAGUACCAGUGAGAGGCUGCAGGACCCUGCUCUUCCCAUGCUGCCUCCCACUCUUGAGCUGAAACCAAAGGAGAACAAUCCUUUCAUGAUUCAUAAACACCACAUCCCAGCUGAUGAAUACUCAAGGAACAGCAAUGAGUUUGGACUCGUCACUUCUGAUUCCUUGCUUAACCCUACACAGAAAAGAAGCUUUACUUCUUCACAAAAGGAUGAUUCUGAGUCCCAACAACAACAUUCCCUCAGGCACUUCAUUGAUGACUCUCCCAAACCACAGUCUCAUAAUCAUCACCACCAUCAUCAUUCGUCGUCUAUUUGGCCCGAACUGGACAGCAUGCAAUCAGACAGGACUCAGUUAUCAAUCUCCAUACCGAUAUCUUCCUCAGAUUUUAUGUCAUUCACUACUUCCUCACCCUCCAACGAGAAACUCACGUUGUCACCAUUGGGGCAUUCGAGGGAGUUAGACCCCAUUCAAAUGGAGUUGGGAAUGGGAAGUGGUGCCUCCAAUGAAGCAAACACCAGGCAAGCCAAUUGGAUUCCAAUCACUUGGGAGAGUUCAAUGGGUGGUCCUCUUGGAGAGGUAUUGAACCUUAGCAAUAACAGCAAUGCAAGUGAUCAAUGUGGCAAGAACAACAACACUUCAGCUCUCAACCUCAUGAAAGAUGGGUGGGACAAUAAUCCUCCACUAGGGUCAUCCCCAACUGGGGUGCUUCAAAAAUCAGCAUUUGGAUCACUUUCCAAUAGCAGUGCUGGGAGCAGUCCAAGGGCAGAAAACAACAAAGAAGGUGCCACCUUGUGCAAUGCCUUGUAAAGUACUUCAUACAAGAAGAAGCCCUUGCCCUUGAACUAUGGUGAAGCCAUGAUGGAGGAAGAAGAAGAAAAGGACUUUGUUCUUUUUACUUCAAUUAUUAGUGAAGUUUAUAUAUAUAAUAUAUAUGGUAAUGCUAGAGUUUGGAAAUAUGUGUUCAUGUUCAUGCUAAUUACCCUUGCCUAAAUAAUUUGGAUGUGUAGGUAGGUUUUUUGGUUUGGUUGACUUUUACUUUGUUUCUUUCUAUUCAUGCGUUUUUGGCAAAGUUUGUAUUCAACAGUAAGUGAACGAUGUUGGUUGGAGUGUGUGGACUUGGUUGUUUGUUAAGGAGAUGAUGAUGGUCAGGUUUUGGGGUCCAAGUGUGGUGACCAUGAUUUUUCAUGACCAUAAUAAAUUUAUGUGACUAAUUCGUGGGACUCAGGCACGCACGUAGGAAAAAGUUAAUGCAAGCAACACAAGUUUUGUCGAAGUCUUAUAUGGAAUAGAGAUUUCGCAUUUCUUGUUUUGAA